CGGCGCCCCGCUGCAGAGCUUCAUGUGGGGCUGCGGCCCGCGCAGCCGGCGCCUCGUUGAGGGAACGGACCCCCGGUAACCGGAGACCGCCUCCCCUCCCACCACCCCAGGCGCCAAAGGAUAUCGUAUGUUCAGGUCUAAACGCUCGGGGCUGGUGCGGCGACUUUGGCGAAGUCGUGUGGUCCCUGAUCGGGAGGAAGGCGGCGGCGGCGGCGGCGGCGGUGGUGGCGACGAGGAUGGGAGCCUGGGCAGCCGAGCUGAGCCUGCCCCGCGGGCACGAGAGGGCGGAGGCUGCGGCCGCUCUGAAGUCCGCUCGGUAGCCCCGCGGCGGCCCCGGGACGCGGUGGGACCGCGAGGCGCCCCGAUCGCGGGCAGGCGCCGGCGCACGGGGGGCCCCCCGAGGCCGGUGUCGGAGCCAGGGGUCGGAGCUGAGGGCUCCCUGCUGGAUGUGGCGGAGCCUGGAGGCCCGGGCUGGCUGCCUGAGAGUGACUGCGAGACGGUGACUUGCUGUCUUUUCUCCGAGCGGGACGCUGCGGGUGCGCCUCGGGACGCCGGCGAUCCCCCAGCCGGGCAGUCCCCGGAGCCAGAGGAGGGUGGCGGGCCUCGGAGUCGAGAAGCCCGCUCGAGGCUGCUGCUUCUGGAGCAAGAGCUCAAGACGGUCACGUACUCGCUGCUCAAGAGGCUCAAGGAGCGUUCGCUGGACACGCUGCUGGAGGCGGUGGAGUCCCGCGGCGGCGUGCCGGGCGCCUGCGUGCUGGUGCCGCGCGCGGACCUCCGCCUGGGCGGCCAGCCCGCGCCACCGCAGCUGCUGCUCGGCCGCCUCUUUCGCUGGCCGGACCUGCAGCACGCAGUGGAGCUGAAACCCUUGUGCGGCUGCCACAGCUUCGCCGCCGCCCCCGACGGGCCCACGGUGUGUUGCAACCCCUACCACUUCAGCCGGCUCUGCGGGCCAGAAUCACCGCCACCCCCCUAUUCUCGGCUGUCUCCUCGUGACCAGUACAAGCCACUGGAUCUGUCCGAUUCCACAUUGUCUUACACUGAAACCGAGGCCACCAACUCCCUCAUCACUGCUCCGGGUGAAUUCUCAGAUGCAAGCAUGUCUCCAGACGCCACCAAGCCGAGCCACUGGUGCAGCGUGGCGUACUGGGAGCACCGGACGCGCGUGGGCCGCCUCUAUGCGGUGUACGACCAGGCCGUCAGCAUCUUCUACGACCUACCUCAGGGCAGCGGCUUCUGCCUGGGCCAGCUUAACCUGGAGCAGCGCAGUGAGUCGGUGCGGCGCACACGCAGCAAGAUCGGCUUCGGCAUCCUGCUCAGCAAGGAGCCCGACGGCGUGUGGGCCUACAACCGGGGUGAGCACCCCAUCUUCGUCAACUCCCCGACUCUGGAUGCGCCCGGAGGCCGCGCCCUGGUCGUGCGCAAAGUGCCACCGGGCUACUCCAUCAAGGUGUUCGACUUUGAGCGCUCAGGGCUGCUGCAGCAUGCGGACGCCGCCCACGGCCCCUACGACCCACACAGCGUGCGCAUCAGCUUCGCCAAGGGCUGGGGACCCUGCUACUCUCGACAGUUCAUCACCUCCUGCCCCUGUUGGCUGGAAAUCCUCCUCAACAACCACAGAUAGCAUCAUGGCUGCCACUGCGCUGCAGCGUCCCCCCACCUCCGGGGGAUCAGCGCCCAGAGACGCCACCCCAGGGACAACCUCGCCCUCCCCCCAGAUAUCAUCUACCUAGAUUUAAUAUAAAGUUUUAUAUAUUAUAUGGAAAUAUAUAUUAUACUUGUAAUUAUGGAGUCAUUUUUACAACGUAAUUAUUUAUAUAUGGUGCAAUGUGUGUAUAUGGAGAAAAAAGAAAGACGCACUUUGGCUUGUAAUUCUUUCAAUACAGAUAUAUUUUUCUUUCUUUCCUUCUUUCCUUUUUUAAAGAAAAUUAUACAGCAGAACUAGGUGGAAAGCCUGGGUUUGGUGUAUGGUUUUUUAAAAAUAUUAAUGCCCAGACAAAACUAAUACCAGUCACUCUUGAUAAUAAAGUGUUUGCAUUAUA